AUGACGGAAGAGACGCCAAUGACGCUUCCGAGCCACGGCUGACUUUCUAUGAAAGCUCGUCGUUUGACGUAGAAAUGUCGCUGGUGAAUGUGCGUCCGCACACCUAAAACUCAUUAAUCCAAAUGUUGUUCGUCGGCGUCGCGCCUGGAGGCAGAAAAGUGGCUCCAAAAUGCAGCUUUGACAACUCGGUUAGCUUUCCCGUCUGGACGCUGAUUGGUUCGUCAAAUGUCCACACGACGUCUGUCAAGACAUCAUUCUAAGUAAGAAUCAAGUCUUUGUCAAAAGUGCUGCUCCGAUAUGACGAAGAGAAACUUGUCUCCUCGGCUUGCAGAAAGGAUGCCGAACCAUCAGUGCAGAGGGGACACCGAGCUGCCCGAGGAGCUGCAGAUCCAGGCUGCGGUGGCGGCGGGCGACGCUUACAGCGUCAGGAAGAUGCUGGAGCAAGGAUACUCGCCAAAGACCCGUGAUGCCAACGGCUGGACGCUGCUGCACUUCUCCGCCACCAAAGGCAACGAGCAAUGUGUGCGCGUCUUUCUGGAUUACGGAGCCAACCCCACCGUGAAAGACCUCAUCGGGGGCUUCACGGCACUGCACUACGCCGCCAUGCACGGCCGCGCACGCAUCGCUCGCCUCAUGCUGGAUUCGGUCUUCUGCGGCGACAUCAUCAACGCCAAGAGCAACGACGGCUGGACGCCGCUGCACGUGGCGGCCCACUACGGCCGCGACGCCUUCGUGCGACUCCUGCUGGAGCUGAAGGCCGAAGUGGACCCGCUGAGCGACAAGGGCACCACGCCGCUGCAGCUGGCCAUGAUCCGCGAGCGCUCCAGCUGCGUGCGCAUCCUCCUGGACCACAACGCCAACAUCGACAUCCAGAAGGGCUUCGUGCUGCGCUACGCCGUCAUUAAGGGGAACCACUCCUACUGCCGCAUGUUCCUGCAGCGGGGGGCCGACACCAACCUGGGACGGCUUGAGGACGGCCAGACCCCCUUGCACUUGUCGGCGAUCCGCGACGACGUCCUGUGCGCUCAGAUGCUCUACGCCUACGGCGCCAACACCAACAUCAGGAACUACGAAGGACAGACGCCCGCCGCCGUCUCCGUCAGCAUGCCCCAACAUAGCCGUGCGUGUCUGGACUUCCUGCAGGACGUCUCAAGGCGGCCCAGGAGCCUGCAGGACUUGUGUCGCAUCAAGAUCCGUCAGUGCAUCGGCCUGCAGAGCCUCAACAUGCGGGUGGAGAAGCUCCCCAUCGCCACUGUCAUGAAGGACUAUCUCAGGCACAAAGUCAAUCGCAUCCGAGCUCGUACGCAACCCCUGGUGUCGCCCACGCCGGGGAGAAAAAGGCGGAGACGAAGAAGAUGAUUUUUGUCACGUAUGUGAAGUUGUGUCGCCGCAUUUCACCCAUUCUUCUGUAGGGAACAGCGGGCAGCCAUCGUUCGGCGCCCCGGGACCGGAUCGGGGAUCAUAGAUCAGCUGCUUGGUCAUGGAAGCUUCCAUGUGCGGGUGGGGUGGGAGGGACGAGGGGGGCAGGCAAUGUGGGUGAAGUGCCCUGGCCAUGGACACAAACAGCGACUAGGACGGGGGACUCGAACCCGGACUCCUCGUCACCUCCCCUAAGCCGCGCCGUCCCAGAAUGACGUAGAAGAGAAAGAACUGUUCUCGGUUCCUUUACUGACGGGUCAGUCGGUUCCGCGCGUUCCUGCCUUGUUCUCCACGUCGAAACCUUUGCUGGCUCCGCCUGCCGAGUGUGCGUGUGGAGCGGGGGGGCACAGGCCUCAAGAGGGUCCCGUCUACGUCUUCCGGACUGCCAAGUUGACUAUUCACGGUUUGCAGUCUUCCACAUGGCGAGCACACGUCUCCUGGGUGUUAUAUUAAUAUUUUUGUACAAUUUAUUUAAACUUGUUUUUUUUUUUUUACAUGUGUGUGUUUGCACGUGCCAUCUUCCUGAUAAAAUUCCACAACAAAACCUCAGAAGAAGUCACUCGUAGGCACAGGCACAUGUAACUGUCUGGCUGUGUUGCCCCCUGCUGGAUUGUUAUGCUCAUUUUUGGACUGCGGCCCUUGCAAUACCCCCCAAAAAUUGAUACGACACUACAAAAAUUAUGCUAAUAACAAAUAUAUGUGCAACAUGCAUCAAAGUGCCCUGUCAUUACUUAAUUUUGUAUCAGUGAGAAAAAAAUGUGGACCCCUUGUUCCAACAGAACCAUUCUAAUGGCUGCCACAAGGGGGCCCCCUCAUACGCGACAAUGAUAAAUCGUUUGGUUUUCCUUCCAAGUGAAUGGGUUGUAGGAAAGACAAAAUAUUUGUAAUUUUUGAAAAGCGCGAGCGACUUCCUGAAUGUACCAAUAAAGUUGGUCUGAGACCCGGGGGGAGGGAGAAGCCCCGCCCACUUAUCUGAACUCUUGCGUCAUUUGU